AAACAAGUAUUCAGUGAUUUCACAGCUUCACUUGAUGCCUCUUGGCAUGUCUCGUACAAUCAAUCCAUUUGGGAACUGACAGGCUGGUUGGGGGCAGACUUCAUGCUGCGUCAUUCAUAUUUAACCACGGUCAGCUGGCGUAUGGUGAAUGGUGGGUUUUUAGAUAAAUUAGUGGUAAAUAUGCAGAAGAGAUGAGAGCACUGUGCCUUUCAUGGCGUUUUCUAUUCCGCUACAGUUAUUGCUAUUUCAGAUUUGUUAGGGUCCAUUCACUGCUAACUAUUAGCCUCACUUAUAAUGAGGAUCAUGUUUGAAUAGCUCACUGUGGAUGAUUACACUUCAGUCAACACACUGAAUGAAAAUGUCAGAAAUCAAGAACUUCCUGAUUUUUCUUGUCAGUCAGUUUAGUAUUACUGUUUUACUUCAGUUUCAAAGCCCAUUGUUCCCCAUUGCCUUUGCAGAAGUGCCAUAGAGAGACACUCUCGUGCAGCUUAGGUCCCUUUGUAAACUGCAUGACUUUAUUUGCAAAUGUGGCCAUUUUUCGCUGUCCUGUGCUUUAUAGAAACCUCUCAUUUGGAGAGAGACAGCGUUCUCACUGGCUCUCCCCGCAAACAACAGCCUGGUUCUCACUCUCACUGCUUUAGAAAGGGCCAAGAGUGAAGCCACGGGCCUCACCCAUGCCGCCUUGUAUGUAGAUAAUAAUACUUCACUUUGAUUACAGAUAAAAUGUUCAGUAGUCCAGGACAAAGCCUGGCCCUCCUUGGAGCCAUCCCCUAUUCAGUAUCACACUCGGGGCAUGUAUCACUGGGCCAGAUGGACAGCACCACUGGUCCAAGAAUUAUCCAUACUGUGGUGGAGCUUUCCAGUCUCCAAUAGACAUCACGUCAGAGCUGCUGAGGUUCGACCCAACUCUACGUCCGAUUGAGGUUCAAAACUACAACCUGUCGCCCUAUGAGCAUCUCACUCUUGGAAAUAAUGGUCAUUCUGUGCAAAUCUCCCUGCCCUCUAAGAUGCACAUCUCCAGCCUGCCCAAUCACUACACUGCAGCUCAACUUCAUUUCCACUGGGGCUCUGCCAGCAGACCUGCUGGCUCUGAACACAUGGUGAACAGUAGGCAGUACGCAGCGGAGAUGCAUGUGGUACACUUCAAUUCAGACAAGUACCCCAAUAUGUCCUCAGCUAUAGACAAAUCUGAUGGCCUGGCGGUGCUGGGUGUCCUAAUUGAGAUUGGUGAGUUCAAUCCUACCUUUGAACAGUUUCUAAAGUUCCUCAAUGGGAUCAAAUACAGAGGUCAGAAAGUACAGGUGCCCGGUUUCAACAUUAGAGCGCUGCUGCCUGCACGUUUGGAUGAGUAUUACCGCUAUGACGGGUCUCUGACAACUCCUCCGUGCUAUCCUAGUGUGCUGUGGACGGUGUUCAGGAAUCACGUAACAAUAUCUCGCAAACAGUUUCUGGCCCUGGCAACAACCCUCUACUCCUCCCAUGCCCAGGACUCAGCCCCUGUGCCACUGAAUGGCAACUUCAGGAAACCGCAGCCGGCCGACAGCCGAGUUGUCCUGGUAUCUUUUAAGGAGGGCAGAGGACUGCACAACACUCUCACAGUUGCAUCUCCGCUCACGAGGAAGCAAGUUGUUCAGCAGCUGCUGGUUGGCGACCUAGCAGACCUGGCUGAUGAAGGGCUCUAUCAGCUCUUACCAAGUGGCUUAGAGAAGCUCCACGCUGGCAAGAAGAAAGACCUCAAGAACCACAAGAGUGAGGCUCUGGCCAAGCUCAAGCAACAAAUGCUGAAUCCAUUCCUGAAGAAGAAGAGCCAGAUCAACCAGUCUGUGGGAAAGUUAGGGCUUUCUGAAGAUGCACUCUGCUACGUCUCACUGGAGCAGAGAGUUUCCCAUCAGCUCAAACAGUCCCACACUGAGAACCAGCUGGUUCCCGCUCUUAGAGAUGCAGUAUUCCCCGAGCUCAACCUCAAGAGCUACCUGGACUGUAAGUCAGAUUUAGCCCUCCCCACUAUCAGACAGAUUAUCCGUGGACGGCCGACAGAUGAGGCGUUAGAGCUGGAUCGCUCUCUGACAAAAGCCUUGAUGAAUCAAAAGAAGACUCCCACAGCAAGCAAGCACAGUGUGCCAAUGACAAACUAUGGUAGUCUCUCCCCUGCCACUGUUCCCAGGAAACCGAACAGCCAGGGCUAUCCGCAUCCCUGGCUUCUGCCAAUGGAGUGGGAAGACUAGAGAGAUUCCUGACAUAGUUGAGACUCACAUUAUGUCACUUUGUGUAGCAGACAUCAGUUGUGGGUCCAACGAUGAAAGACUAAUUUUCAAGCCACGCCCUCUGACCAAUGUUUCUCACAAAUGUAUUUAAUGUUUAAAUUAUUCUUUCCAGUAUGUGCACAUAAUUAUAGUUUCUAUCAGAAAAAGACUGUAGUAUGAAUUGAUGUAAUGUAGGUAUUGUUUUUUGCAAACUUACUCAUAUUCAUAACCCUUCAUGUUAUACUGUGUGCCAAGUUCAGUUCUAUAGGAUGGUAAUUAUGGAGCUAACUAGUAAUUAUUGUUUCGCACAAUAUAGAGAUGCAGCUAAACCAAAAGAAUUUGCAAGAGCUUCAGCGCUUUAAUGUAAUGUUCCUUUCUUCUCUGACAAUUUGUACGUCUGUUCAAAUUACCAUUUACACUAAGUAAGGAAACAGCUACUGUACAGCACAUAGGGAACCUUUUUUUUCAAUAAAAGCAUUAUACUUGAAUCAUA